AGUUUAGCUUUAUUCGAGUUAGGGUUGUAUACUUGUAAUGUGCCUUUUGCCGUAUAUUUAUUAUUAUUAAAUUUAAAAAAUUUAAAUAUUUUAUAAAUUUUAUGAUACAAAGAACAAAAUUUUUUUGAUGAAUUAAGUUGAAAUUGAGUUAGCCAGUAAUUAGCAACAUUGGAAAAAAAAUAAUAAAAAAUUUAAGAAAAGAAAAAAUUUUAUGAUUAAUUUUUUAGAAAUUUAAAAAAUUAAAUAUUUAAUAUUAAAAGAAAAUUGUUAAGGCUGUGAGUUUUUAAUUAAAAAACAAGAAAAUUUUAAUUGCAGUAUUAAUAAAAUAAUUUAACAAAAUAAUUGGAAUUUGGAUUUUAAUAAUAAAUUUUUAUAAAAAAUAAUUAAAAGUAACAACAUUUGAUUUUAUUUAGUAAUUUUUGUUUUUUUUUACAUUGAACUAAAUUAUUGAAUACAACAGCAUAAAAUGGCUGAAAUAGAAAAGGAAAUUUUAACUGGUGAAGCGGCCGGUGAUGAACCAUUUUUAGGCACAUUGGAUAUUAUUUUACUUGCAAUUUUAAUGAUUGGUGGAGCAUGGUAUUUCUUUAAGAAUAAAAAGAAAGAAGAAGAACCAAUACGAUCAUAUUCAAUACAACCUACAACCGUUAAUACUGCAUCAAUGGCCGAAAAUUCAUUUAUUAAAAAAUUAAAUGCAUCUGGUAGAAAGUUAGUUGUAUUUUAUGGAUCUCAAACUGGUACAGCUGAAGAGUUUGCUGGACGUUUAGCUAAAGAAGGUAUUCGUUAUCAAAUGAAAGGUAUGGUUGCCGAUCCUGAGGAAUGUGAUAUGGAGGAGUUAUUAAAAAUGAAAACUAUACCAAAUUCAUUAGCUGUGUUUUGCUUGGCGACAUACGGUGAAGGAGAUCCAACUGAUAAUUGUAUGGAAUUUUAUGAAUGGAUAACAAACGGCGAUGCUGAUAUGUCUGGAUUAAAUUAUGCUGUGUUUGGCUUAGGAAAUAAAACUUACGAACAUUAUAAUAAAGUUGCUGUAUACGUUGAUAAAAGAUUGGAAGAAUUAGGUGCAAAUCGAGUGUUUGAAUUGGGACUCGGAGAUGAUGAUGCAAACAUUGAAGAUGAUUUUAUUACAUGGAAAGAUCGUUUCUGGCCAGCUGUUUGUGAUCACUUUGGUAUUGAAGGUGGUGCUGAAGAAGUUUUAAUUCGUCAAUAUAAAUUAAUCGAACAACCUGAUGUUCAAUCUGAUAGAAUUUAUUCUGGUGAAAUUGCACGUUUGCAUUCAUUAACUAAUCAACGCCCACCAUUUGACGCUAAAAAUCCGUUCUUGGCUCCAAUAAAAGUUAACAAAGAAUUGCACAGGGGUGGUGGUCGUUCGUGUAUGCAUAUUGAGUUAGAUAUUGAAGGUUCAAAAAUGCGUUAUGAUGCAGGUGACCAUGUUGCAAUGUAUCCAACAAAUGAUAAAGAAUUAGUAGAAAAAUUGGGUCAACUUUGUAGUGCUGACUUAGAUAUAGUGUUCUCACUAAAUAAUACUGAUUUGGAAAGUAGCAAAAAACAUCCAUUCCCAUGUCCAACGACAUAUCGAACUGCCUUGACGCAUUAUUUAGAAAUAACUGCCAUUCCUAGAACACAUAUUCUAAAAGAAUUAGCAGAGUAUUGUAGUGACGAGAAAGAAAAAGAAUUUUUGAGAAGUAUGGCUUCAAUAACUCCUGAUGGAAAACUUAAAUAUCAAUCAUGGAUUCAAGAUGCAAGUCGAAAUAUUGUGCAUAUAUUAGAAGAUAUGAAGUCAUGUAAACCACCAAUCGAUCAUUUAUGUGAAUUGUUACCAAGAUUACAACCCAGAUAUUACUCUAUUUCAUCAUCAGCUAAGAUUCAUCCAACCAAUGUUCAUGUUACUGCAGUUCUUGUUAAUUAUAGAACAUCAACUGGACGGAUUAAUAAAGGUGUUUGCACUACAUAUUUACAACAACGUUGCCCUAAAAAUCCAGAUGCUUUACCACGAGUUCCAAUAUUCAUUCGUAAAAGUCAGUUCCGUUUGCCGGCAAAAUCUGAAAUUCCAAUUAUUAUGAUCGGCCCUGGAACUGGUUUAGCUCCAUUUCGAGGUUUCAUUCAAGAGCGUCAGUUCCAAAAAUCUGAAGGUAAAGCAGUUGGUGAUACUAUUUUAUAUUUUGGAUGUAGGAAGAAGAGUGAAGAUUAUAUUUAUCAAGAGGAAUUAGAGGAAUUUGAGAAAAGUGGUGUUCUAACUCUAAAAGUGGCCUUUUCACGUGAUCAAGCUCAAAAGGUUUAUGUCACUCAUUUAUUAGAAAAAGAUGCUGAAUUAGUUUGGAAAAUAAUUGGAGAAAAUAAAGGUCAUGUAUACAUUUGCGGUGAUGCCAAAAAUAUGGCGACUGAUGUUAGAAAUAUAUUAACAAAAAUUAUUUGCACUCAUGGAAGUAUGAAUGAGGCGGAGGCACAACAGUUCUUGAAGAGAAUGGAAGCGCAAAAGAGAUAUUCAGCCGAUGUAUGGAGUUAAUUUUAGUUAAAUUUUACAAUGAAAAAUUAAAAAGCCUAUUUAACAAAAUCAAAUUAAAUUUUAUACAAUAAUUUAAUUGAAUGAGAAUCAAUGUUCACGUUAAAGUAAUCAUUUUUUAUAUUUAUUUUAAUUUUUACACAAACAUAUGAGUAAGUGCCUCUAUCAUUCAAAAGCUUAGUAAUUUUUUUUAAAUUCUUUACCUUAAAAGUAAUUGCAUCUGAAAUUUUAUUAAAAAAUUGCCUGUAAAUUAAAUUGGAAAGGGACUAUUAUUAUAAUAUAAAUAAAUUUAUAUUUUUUUCGUAAUUUAAAUACGUAUACAAAAUUGAACAAAGUAAAAGAAAAUUAAAUUAAAAAAGGAUUUUUGACUUUUGCUGUGCAAUUUUCAUGAUUUGAAAAAGGAUUUUUUUUUCUAAUCAAUUCUGAUUUUGUUGGGAUUUUGUUUUUGAUAUUUACAAAGGUUAAAUGUUUUUAAAUGAUAUUUUAAGUAAUAAAGUACUCAUAUUUAAUUAUGAGAUUUAUAAGAAUAGUUUAAAUAUAAAUUCAUAUUUGUUAGUUAUUAAGUAGGACAUUAUUAUAUAAUUUUAAUAUGAUGUCAUAUAUUAGAAUUGGAUUUAUAUAUGUAUAAUUGUUUUAACAACUUUUUGUAAUUUCAACAUUGUCAGAAAAAAUAACAAAGAAAAUAUAGUUGUCUAGAUUUUUUAAUGAUUAAAGCGAUUAUA